AGAGGUUUGGUGCGCUGGUUCGCCACCUCCUCUCGUCUCUCGUCUCUCUCUCUUCCCCUCACCUCCUGCACAAAAGAAGGGAACUAACAUGGUUGCAGCAGAGAGAGAAAGAGAAAGAAGAGAGAGAAAACUCCAGGGGGAUCUUUAAAGCCUGAGCACGCAUGAUCAAAGGUCAUCCCAGCUGAGCAGCAGAGCACCAGCCCCCGACCCCCCACCCUUUCUCUCUCCUCAAAGCUGUUUCCACCCCGUGCCCCGCCUCGGCCCUUUUGUCCCGGAGCAAUCAUUCACAGAUCCAGACAACUACCCACCGACCGCUCCCCCCUCUCUCUCUCUCCAAUCUGUUCAGCCUUUCACACUCCUCACUGGCUCACUCUCUCGCAUUCUGCGGUUCUGUAUUUCUAUAUAUAGAGUCCCCCUUCUCUGCCCUCAUCUUCCUUUGACCGGCAAAGCAAUGGAGAUUCUCCAUCUUCAUCGUCUGUUUCUAGUUCUUGCUCUUGUUCUUGGUUCGGGCCUGCCCUGUUUCCGUGCCGAUGUGGAUGGAAAUGGGCAGCAGCAGGAGAGGAGGACCUACAUCGUCCACAUGGCCAAAUCCCAAAUGCCGGCGGCCUUCCAGCACCACGCCCACUGGUACGACUCCUCCCUCAAGUCCGUCUCCGGCUCGGCCCAGAUGAUCUACUCCUACGACACCGUCGUCCACGGCUUCUCCGCCCGGCUGACGGCGGAGGAGGCCGGUUCGCUCGAGGCCCGGCACGGGAUCCUCGCGGUGAUGCCGGAGCUCCGGUACGAGCUCCACACCACCCGGACCCCCGAGUUCCUGGGGCUCGACAAGAGCAGCUCCCUGCUCCCGGCGUCGGAGUCGGUGAACGAGGUCGUCGUCGGGGUGCUCGACACCGGGGUUUGGCCCGAGAGCAAGAGCUUCGACGACACGGGGCUCGGGGCGGUGCCGAGCGGGUGGCGCGGCGCGUGCGAGUCCGGCACCAACUUCACGGCGGCCAACUGCAACCGCAAGCUCAUCGGGGCGCGGUUCUUCUCCAAGGGGUACGAGGCGACGAUGGGCCCCAUCGACGUCUCGAAGGAGUCGAAGUCGGCGAGGGACGACGACGGGCACGGCACCCACACGGCGUCGACGGCGGCCGGGUCCGCUGUGGACGGCGCCAGCCUCUUCGGGUACGCCCCCGGGACGGCGCGCGGGAUGGCCACGCGCGCCCGGGUCGCCGCCUACAAGGUGUGCUGGCUCGGCGGCUGCUUCAGCUCCGACAUACUGGCGGCGAUGGAGAAGGCCGUCGUCGACGGCGUGAACGUCCUCUCGCUCUCCCUCGGCGGCGGGUCGCCGGACUUCUACCGGGACAGCGUCGCGAUCGGCGCGUUCGCGGCGGCGGAGAAGGGCAUCUUCGUCUCCUGCUCCGCCGGGAACGCCGGCCCGAGCUCCAUGAGCCUCUCCAACGUGGCGCCGUGGAUCACCACCGUGGGCGCGGGCACACUGGAUCGGGACUUCCCCGCUUACGUCACCCUCGGCAACGGGAAGAACUUCUCGGGGGUGUCGCUGUACAGCGGGAAUUCCAAGGGGACGCUUUUGCCCUUCGUCUACGCCGGUAAUGUCAGCAACGCCACCAACGGUAACCUCUGCAUGAUGGGCACCCUGGACCCGGCGAAGGUCAAGGGCAAAAUCGUCCUCUGCGACCGCGGGGUGAACGCCCGGGUCCAGAAGGGUUCGGUCGUGCAGCUCGCCGGCGGCGCCGGGAUGGUCCUCGCCAACACCGCCGCGAACGGCGAGGAGCUGGUGGCGGACGCCCACCUCCUCCCCGCCACCGCCGUCGGGGAGAAGUCCGGCGACGCCAUCAAGAUGUACCUCUUCUCGGACCCGAACCCGACGGCCACCAUUCUCUUCGAGGGGACCAAGGUGGGGAUCCAGCCGUCGCCGGUGGUGGCGGCGUUCAGCUCCAGGGGCCCGAACUCCAUCACGCCGGCGGUCCUGAAGCCCGACAUGAUCGCGCCGGGCGUCAACAUCCUCGCCGGCUGGACGGGGGGCAUCGGCCCGACGGGGCUCGCGGUGGACGACCGCCGCGUCGCGUUCAACAUCAUCUCCGGGACAUCGAUGUCGUGCCCGCACGUCAGCGGCCUCGCCGCCCUCCUCAAGGCGGCCCACCCCGACUGGAGCCCCGCCGCCAUCAGGUCGGCGCUCAUGACCACCGCGUACGUGGCCUACAAGAACGGCGGGAAGCUGCAGGACGUGGCGACGGGGAAGGACUCGACGCCGUUCGACCACGGGGCGGGACACGUGGACCCCGUGUCCGCCCUCAAUCCGGGGCUCGUCUACGAUCUGACGGUGGAGGAUUACCUGGGCUUCCUCUGCGGGCUCAACUACACGUCGUCCCAGAUCAACACCCUCGCCCGGAGGAACUACACUUGCGACCCCAGCAAGAGCUACAGCCUGUACGACCUGAACUACCCGUCAUUCGCGGCGAGCUUCGACUCGACGAGCGGCGGACCCACCACGAUCAAGUACACGAGGACGCUCACCAAUGUGGGCGCCGCCACGGGGACGUACAAGGCGACGGCGUCGUCGGGCUCGGCCGGGCUGAAAAUUGCGGUCGUGCCGGACACCCUGAGCUUCAGCAAGGCCGGGGAGAAGAAGUCCUUCACGGUGACGGUGACGGGGAGCGCGAUGCCGGCGAGCACGAACGCCUUCGGGCAGCUGGAGUGGUCGGACGGGAAGCAGACCGUCCGGAGCCCGAUGGCAUUCAGCUGGGCUUAGAAGAAGAAAGAGAUUUAGGGAUUGAAUUGGGUCACUCGCUCGAAGAGGAGUGCGUGAAAUUCUAGGGAAAGAAAAGAUUGGAUUGACAAGGAGGCGUGUUCUUUUCUCCAGCAAAAUAAUAUGCGAACCUGAAGCGCUAAGUGUUUCGAUGUUUGACUAUCCUGUCCGAGGAACCAGAAAGGCAUGAAAUGUUAGCAAACAGGGGAUUUUUUUCUUUAGCAUUUUUCUUUCCGUUAAUUUACAGUGUAUAGCGUCGUUGACAGCAUUAUGUAUUGGACUGUGCAAGUUCUUUAGCCUUUCGGCAUCGAAAGCACUGAAGUUAUAUGGAUGGAGGUGAUGGCAAUUUGGCA